AUGGUGUCAUAUUCAACAGAAACAAUUUUAACGUCAAUAUUCAUGAUAACCGUGUCCUUUGUGGCUGUCAUUGGGAACUCUUUGGUAAUCCUUGCAAUCUUGUGGAAUAAAAGACUUCGUACGAUAUGCAAUUUUCUGUUUCUGAACCUUGCUGUGGCCGACAUGCUUCAGGGAGCCAUUGCUAUGCCUCUCCGCCUGGCAGAUCAGCUAAAUCAAACAGAAAAACGCCCUCUCAUUCCUUGCUUGGUUGUCAUACCACUUACCGUCUUUCUCUUUGGUGCGUCCAAUUUCAAUCUCACGUUGAUAAGCCUCGAUCGAUAUUUGGCGUUAAAGAAGCCCUUUCUCUAUACAAACUUCGCCGAUCCACGCAAGGCGACAAUUAUAGUCGCGCUUUCUUGGCUGCUAAUUUUUAUUAUCGCAUUUCUUCCUAUUUUCGGAUGGGGACAGACAGACACAGCCGAUAUAACUGAUAUUUGUUUGUACUCCACCACACUAAGCCGGGAUUACUUGUUCAUGCUAUUUUCCAUCGUCAAUUUAUCUGUCAUCAUCACCCUAGCUUUUACCAACUAUUUCAUCCUUAAAACUGCUCGUAAUCAAAUCCGCCGUAUAAAUAUAACCCAAAGUCACGUAACCGGCAUAAAUGGUGCCCCUUCGGUUCAAAAAGAUGACUUAUCGGUUUCGGUCGUCUUAGGCCGACCGACUUCCGACUGUGAGACGAUGAAUAGCGAUCAAUCACGAGCGAAAGUUCCGAAGGCCGGCGGGAGUAGAGAGCGAAGGGCAACAAAGAUUAUGCUGAUAGUUGUUGGUAUUUUUGUGUUCUUGACAACGCCAAUCACAGUAAUUGACAUCAUUAGCUUAUUGGGUUGUCCCACUUGCACACCGCUAACACUCAUCAAAAUAACAGUUUUCAUGGCUUAUUCCAAUGCCUGUGUAAACGUGUUUGUAUACGCUGGUUUCAACACGGAUAUGAGAAAUACCUGGAUUUGUAUAUAUCGACAAGUUAAAGGAGCGAUAUCGAGUCGUUUCCGUCGCUAG